AUGAAUGAGAAUACGAGCGAAUGUGGAAUAUCCCUCACUACUUUUGAAACAAAAGAGGAGUGCAAGAGUGAUUGCAGUGAUCACCGGCGACCGCACACGACUCGGUGCUGGCGAGGGGGGGUCUCGUCGACCAGCUCCGCUUCCUCCUCGUUCACCUCAUUGACGCGGAUGGAGACAUCAUUAGCCGAGCUGCUCGUAUCGACAAGGUCCCGUCGUCCACGAAACGUGAACACACAAGGGAUUGACUGGAGGCGAACUUCCUUGGCUUCCCACCAAAAGAAUCAUUCGAAAGGCAACAUAGUUUCUCGUCGUGUACCUCUAACAAUGCUACAAAUACUGCUCGCUGUUGUCAUAACACUUCACGCCACCAUUCUUACACCCGAAACGGAAGCUGCACAUGGAAGCCCUCCAAAAAUGCUGAUGGAUGUUGAACGGAAGUUCCGGAUUCCACUUGGUCAGAAACAAUUCAAACUUGUAUGUCCUGUUAUUACGAAUGACAAAGACAUGCUUAUGAUACAAUGGACGAAGAAUGGGGAGCAGGUGGAAUGGGACUCGCGUUACAAGCUAGCGAAAGAUGAUCGUGAAUUGAGGAUGAAGACGGUGAAGCUGGAUGACAGCGGCCGGUAUCAGUGUCAGGCGACGAACGGAUUCGGUCAUCGAACUGUUGACUUUACAGUACACGUUUACGAUCCUUCGGAAGAUUCAAUUUCCCUCAAGGAUGCUAUAGUUCUCGCAAAUUCGACAUCUGCACCAGCAUGGUUGAUCGACAUGAACCUCGACUGGUCCUCUCCUAUGCAAAUCAACCGAGGAGGUCGUAUGGAACUGCGAUGUCCGUCGCGAGGAAACCCACUUCCUGAAAUUCGAUGGUACAAAAAUAACAUGCGCAUCACCACUGACACUCCUCCUCAUAUCGCAUCAUUUGUGAUAGACCCAGCUGGUUUGGAUGAUUCCGGAGAGUAUCGAUGUGUUCUGGAGAAUCGCCUCGGUUCCAUUGAAGCCAUCUUCAAAGUGACUGUUGGCGACUUUUUCGACGAUGGAAGGAGAAUUAGUGCUCAUGGUCCUCCAUCGGACCAACUACCGGAGCCAAUAAUUGAUCAACCGUACAACACAACCGUAAGAGUCGGUCAUACGGCUCAAUUUCUGUGUAAAGCGAAAUCACCUCAAAGUCCACUCAUAAAAUGGCUCAAAGAAGUUGAGGAUCCUGUUGCAAUUCGUCGCCGUGAUCCGAAUGCUACCAUCGUUAACGCGAGUGGAAUGCAUUUGUUGGUUCUGGAACAAACUCAAGUGGAAUCCAUGUCACGUGAGGGACCCGAACAUCUUUACACCAAUCGCCUCGUCAUUCCUAUGGUGACUAAGGAACAUGCAGGUCGAUACAUAUGUGUUGUAACGAGUACACAAGGACAUAUUGUUUACAAAGCAGCUCAGCUGAAUGUUAUUGCUGCGUACGAUUUCGGCUCAAUCGGUUUUGACAUGGAUAACUUCUGGUACUUUGUUAUUCCUAUCUCAAUUCUAUUCGUUGGACUUGUCGUUGGAGCAAUCGCAUGGCUACGAUGCAAUCAAGAGCCUUCUUCACCAAAAUGCCUCACUGGCAAACCUCCUCCACCUCCACGAAUUCCACCUCCAGUAGCACCGGCGGAAUAUCCACGUGGUGUGACCGAGUUUAAUCAGGAAUACACUAUCGAUAAGAUGAGAUCUCCUAUAAUCCUGAAUAACUCAAUGUUUCAUCAAAAGUAUCCAAUGGGAAUCGCAACCCUUGACCGAAAUAACAUUCAACGAGCACAAAGAGGUAACGACGAGAUGUCGAAUUUGUACGACAACAGCUCACCGCAGCCGUACUGGACUCAACCGAUGAUGCAUCGACCUCUUGCCAGUUCCAUUUACACCGCAACAUCCGGGAAUUAUCGAACAUUAGAGGUUGGAUAUCCUCAUUCUCGAAACUAUCCGUCAAUGUGCAGUGAUGAAUAUUCGGAACAAGAGCAGCCAUUCAUCACAUAUCGAAGAUGA